AUGACACCCACCAGCGCCCGUUUGUCCACCCAUUGGGACGUGCUUCCGGCAGCAGCUACAGGCCGGCGCGCACGUCGUGGCUAUGCAUCACAGGCAGGGGGGAAGCCCGUAUUUGAGGUCUUUAGCCGGCGGGCCAAGUGGCUCCAGAAGGAGCGAGCAGCCGCCGACGUCGAGACGAGCCGACAGACCGACUACCUCAAGGACGAGGUGGCCUUCCGGCUGUGUGAGAGGCUUCUGGAUAUCAAGCGAACCUUUCCCCGCGCCCUCGACUUUGGGGCCAACUCGUGCAACAUUGCGCGGGCGCUGGUGCGACCGAACCCCGAUCCGGACCCGGCACAGCCGACAUCGCCGGCGCUGGCGACGCACAUUGGCCAUCUGACGGCGGCCGAGUCGUCGCCAACGCUGCUAUUCCGCGACGUCGAGCUGCCGUUUAACAAGGCGCUGUCGAUGUCGCGUCACGUGAUGAGCGUCGAGGAGGAGGAGGCGGCCGGGGCCAACAUCAGCGUCUCGGACACUUCGGGCAUUCCGGGCGCCGAGAACGCGGCCACGGCUCCGUUCGUGCCGGGAUCGUACGAUCUCGUGCUCAGCAGCCUGAGCUUGCACUGGAUCAACGACCUGCCGGGGGCUCUGACGCAGAUCAACCGGCUGCUCCGGCCGGACUGCCCGUUUCUGGGCGCGAUGCUCGGCGGCGACUCGCUCUUUGAGCUGCGCACGUCGCUGCAGCUGGCCGAGCAGGAACGCCGCGGCGGACUGUCGCCACACGUGUCGCCGCUGGCCGACGUGCGCGAUGUCGGCGGACUCAUGCAGCGCGCCGGCUUCAACAUGCUCACAGUCGACGUCGAGGACAUCGUGGUCGACUACCCCGACAGCUUUGCCCUCAUGGCCGACCUGCAGGCUAUGGGCGAGAGCAGCGCCAUCCUCGGUCGCGAGAUGGGCCCCAUCGGCCGCGACGUCCUGCUCGCCGGUGACGCCAUCUACCGCGCCCUGCACGGCAACCCUGAUGGCUCUAUCCCGGCCACCUUUCGCAUCAUCUACAUGAUCGGCUGGCACCCGUCUGACAACCAGCCGAAGCCGCUGGCUCGCGGCAGCGGUCAGGUCAACCUCAAGGACAUUCUCGAGCAGAAAUAG